GGAGACUUCUCCAGCAGCUGGGUUAAUGCUCGCAGAAUAAGCGCGACAGAGUCAAAUUUGCGCUACGUAGCCAUAAAAUUAAGCCGACACGCGAUCUGUUAAUAACAAUGGUGAAUGAACACAUCGUGUAUUUAGCUUAAUAACCUCGGAAAUGCUGCGUUUGUACGAUGUAAAGUUGUAAAUAAUCAUUGGCACUGAUUUGCUGGAGCUGCUGUUGAAACAGUGUAUCCGCAGUGAAUUAACGUCACUUCGUCUUGGCUCACCUUUCCCACAGCUCUGCAGUGUUACGUAGAGUCCUUCUCCCAGGAGGCAGAGUGACAUUGUUUCCUGUAACCCCCACUGAAAAGCUCUUUCAGACCCAUUCUUCAUCUGUCCCUGAGGAACAGAGGGAUGCUGAAGACAUUUGCCUGCUUCAGUGCUUACUAUAUCAAUCAGCAUGCAGCUUAUUAAGGGUGGAGCAUGAGUGUGUGGUCGGAGUCCUGCUGCGAUGCGCGCUAUUGGGUGUAGGAUGAACCUGCCGGCAGUGCUGAAUGGCCUGCUGGUGUCAGUGGUGGCAGCCUUGCUUUGGAAAUACGUUCGGCUGAUUGAACACACAUCACAGUUGGAAGAGGAGCUACAGCUUACACGCCAAUCACAGGAGUUAUCACAGGUGCGUAUUGACUACCACGGUGCCCUGUUAGCACUCCAAGAGCAUGGCACCAGAAUGGUCUGCACUGGCAAGAUGCACACCGAUCGCAUCUGCCGCUUUGACUACCUUUGCUACUGCACGGAGGCUGAGGAGUUCGUAUUCUUCCACAGUAAUGCCUCUGUGAUGCUGCCCAACCUUGGCCCUCGGCGUUUCCAGCCCGCCCUGCUGGACCUCUCGUCUGUAGAAGACCACAACACUCAAUACUUUAACUUUCUCGAGCUCCCGGCAGCGGCUCUGAAGUUUAUGCCGAAACCUGUGUUUGUGCCAGAUGUCACUCUAAUUCUGAACCGUUUUAACCCAGACAACCUCAUGCACAUUUUCCAUGAUGAUCUUUUGCCCAUAUACUACACCAUGCAGCAGUAUUCAGACUUGGAUGAUGAGGCCAGGCUCGUCUUCAUGGAGGGUUGGGGUGAAGGGGCUCACUUCGAUCUCUACCGCUUGCUUAGCAGUAAGCAACCCCUUCUCAAGGAGCAGUUGAAGACCUUUGGCAAACUCAUGUGUUUCACCAAGUCCUAUGUUGGAUUGUCAAAGAUGACAACAUGGUACCAAUAUGGCUUUGUGCAACCGCAAGGACCCAAAGCCAACAUUCUGAUUUCAGGUAACGAGAUCCGCCAGUUUGCCUCAUUUGUGAUGGAGAGGCUUAACAUCACGCGAGAGGAGGGUGAUGACUACAUUGUAGUUUUUAAGCGUACCACUAACAGGCUCAUCCUGAAUGAGGCGGAACUACUUCUGGCUUUAGCCCAGGAGUUUCAGAUGAGGACUGUCACUGUGUCUUUGGAGGAGCAGUCGUUUGAUAGCAUUAUCCAAAUUAUUAGUGGUGCGACUAUGUUGGUCAGCAUGCACGGAGCCCAGAUGAUCACCUCCAUGUUCUUGCCCCGUGGUGCCGCUGUGGUUGAACUCUUCCCGUAUGCUAUAAACUCAGAGCAGUACACUCCCUACAAAACCUUGGCCUCCUUACCUGGCAUGGACCUUCAGUAUGUCGCAUGGAGAAAUACCAUGGAAGAGAACACUGUUACAUAUCCUGAUCGCCCCUGGGAUCAGGGUGGCAUCGUCCACCUUGAGAAGGAGGAACAAGAACGUAUCCUUGCCAGCAAGGAGGUGUCAAGGCAUCUUUGUUGUCGUAAUCCAGAGUGGCUUUUCCGCAUUUACCAGGACACUACUGUGGACAUUGCCUCUUUUCUGGACAUACUCAGAGAAACUCUAAAAAAGCCUAAUCUGAAAAAGGCCAAGGUGGCUAGCACUAUACAUCCUGGUCGAGUCAGAGAGCCCAAGUGCCAGACGUCAGUACAGGCCACCAAUGAAGCAAAGCUCUUAGUGUCAUGGCAGAUCCCUUGGAACCUGAAGUACCUGAAGGUUAAAGAGGUGAAAUAUGAGGUGUGGAUCCAGGAGCAGGGAGAGAACACAUAUAUGCCUUACAUUCUGCCCCAUCAGAACUACACCUUCUUGGAAAACAUCAAACCCUUUACCACAUAUUUAGUGUGGGUGCGCUGUAUCUUCAACAAGAACCUCUUGGGCCCAUUUGCAGAUGUUCUUAUAUGUAAAACUUGAUUCUUUAAUCAGGUUAGAAGUAACACUGUCACUGUCAGCUAGCAAAUAAUUAAUUUGAAGAUUAAUUCUCAGGAGCUAUCCUGAAAAUUAUAAGGUGUAACAUGGCUGAAUUGUUUUUGGACUCGGUUGUCACUCUUGUGACUUGAUUGUUCUUCAUGGUCCUUAUGGGGUGUCAUGAACUGACAGAGAACGAACGGCCUGACUGCAAUGAAGUUUAGAAGAGAAUGCAGUUUACAGAACUGCCAGUUCUUUUAGUUCCUACCAUCAUCCAAGCAAAGUUCUCAAUGACUUUAUUUAUCAGAAAAGUAAUGCAUAAUUUAAAUUUGUAUUUAUAAGUCCAAGACACUGGUUUAGUCUGACACCUGCUUUGGUUAACUAAAAUAAUGCACAAAUUUCUGUGGCUUAAGCAACAUGAUAUGAAUUGUAUGUGACUUUGUGAGUGUGCCCUUUUCUUGCCCAAGGUUUUGCAUUGUAUUUUUCAUUUACUUUAGUU